CAUUGGGCGACCGACAAAUGGGAGCGCGCGACGUGGCGCGUCCAGAACCACCCGCCUCGGGAGACGCGAGGCGCAGCGGAUGGGCCGACAGGGGUGGCCCGCCCCGCCGAAGAUCGACCGUCCACGUGUCGCCAUCUCGCCGCCCCUCCGCCGCAGACGUACGGCUUCCGCCCUUCCUAGGCCCCGACCAUUUGUUAGAACUUACGACGGGGGGAGAGAUAAGGCGGGAGUCAAUUUCCCAGUUCCCACUCGUCCUUUGUUACCGCAGAUCGCGGACGUGUGGUCCCCAGUCCCCACCACACCCGGUGAAGAAGUGAAAUUACGAAAGUACCCCACCCCUGGGGCGUUGUAUUAAGCAAAGUUGCUCUCCGUCGUAUUCUUCUUCUCUGUUUCCACUCCACACUGUUUGUUUAGCUAGUAUUUUACCGUUGGCUGGUUGUGUAGAUACAGUGGCGAAACGAGGGUAUUUUUGUAAAACGAACCUCCCUAGAAGAUAUUUGCUCUAUGGCUUGUGUGUGAGGAGGAGAGGAGGAUCAGUUGCUGUGAGAGAAAGAGAAAGAGGAAGAGGAAGAAACAUACCUCUCGCUUCCCGUCGGAGAAAGAGAAAGAGAAAGAGGAAGAGGAAGAAGAAGAAGAAGAAGAGAGAAAGCUUCCGAAGCUUCCGGAAGGUUGUAGAAGGUUCCGUGCAUGCGGAUGCAGGAGUUCGGAUCCGAGGGGGGCGUGGGGCGCGUCUUCGGCGCGGCGGAGCUGCAGAGGCCGAUGGGGUACCUCGCGGGGGCGGCGCCACCGCCGCCGCCGCCGCCGCAGAUAAAGUGCCCGCGGUGCGAGUCGACGAACACCAAGUUCUGCUACUACAACAACUACAACCUCUCCCAGCCCCGCCACUUCUGCAAAUCCUGCCGCCGCUACUGGACCAAGGGCGGCGUCCUCCGCAACGUCCCCGUCGGCGGCGGCUGCCGCAAAUCCAAACGCGCUCCCUCCAAACCCUCGUCGUCCUCUCCCUCCGCCGCCGCCUCCACGGCUGCGGCGAGCGACAAGGACCUCCGACUCCCCUCCUCCUCCUCCAGAUCCAGCAGCGACAGCUCCACCCUCACUGCCGCCGCGGACCACCCCUCCGGCCCAAACCCUAGCCCUAAUCCCUUCGAAACCCUCCCCCAAGUCCCCAGGAUCUUCCCCGAACCCUCCGGAACCUUCGCGAACAUGAUGACGCCGGGAUCGGGGGUUCUAGAUCUCGGCUUCUCCCACCCGGCGCCGGCUCCGCUCCAGUCGCAGCAGCCGAAGUCGGCCGCCGACGACGCGAUCGGGGCGCAGCAGGGGUUCGCGGAUCAGACGGUCGGCAUGGAUCUGACGCCGCCCUUCCAGGGCCGAUCCAACGGCGGCGGCGGCGGCGGCGGCGGCCUCACCCUCAACGGUCUCGAUUGGCCUGCUACGGUGGAUCCGACCCUCUUUGAUCUCUCCGGAGCCGUCGAUCAUUGGAAUCCGAGCCACUGGGGAGACACCGACCCUUCUCUCUAUCUCCCUUAAUUAAUUAUUAUCUCUCCUAUCUCUUAGUUACAAUAAUCAUCAUCGAAACUUUUUUUCAUAUUUAUUUUUAUUUUCCAUUUUCAUCCUCCCUUUUGCGUGGUACUGACCUUCUUAUUCAGCGUCUUCCAAAAUUAUUGAAAAAAUUGGAAGAAAAUGGAGGGAUUUUUUUUUUCUCCUUUUUUUUUAAUUAAAUCAAUAUUCGGCUUCGCAAGUUGUUAAUUACGUGUUAAUAUUUAUAUAUAUAUAUAUAUUGUUGACUCCUCGCCAUUGUUAUGACACCGUAAUUAAGUAGGGUUCGGUGAAUCGGCAUUUAGUUUCUUAAUUAAUUAACUACGUAAUUAAUUAAGGAUGGUAUUGUUGUGAGAUAUUUUAAUCCGGGGGUGGUCAAGCGUGAGAAGACGACGGUUGGCCACGUCAGCUGAUGGGUCCGCGGGCCCCACACCACCGCCCCAUGCGGGGCUUCCCUAAAAGGUUUAUUUUUUUGUGCGGUACAGCUUCAACCCCAGCGUCUCACUCUCAUACGACGUGACGAGUUUUGAUUGGGCGGAGGAUUAUGCGGGCGGCCGUAUACGAUUCCGCGUGCGUAGCACCAAGGACUCGGCUGCGAUCUGCUGCGCGCACCCCACCAGCUGCAGUUCAUAGACCACAUAUCAUGAGAGGAAGUGCGAAGCUCUGGUACCUUGGAUGUGUACAGAUUAUUAUGAGAAAUAAAUGUCGAGGCGUAGUGCGAUCCGGUGCUGAGUCCUGGUACCUUCGGUGUGUACAGAUUAUAGUAGAAAACAGAUUGUCGAGGUCUAGUACGGCCGGCGGUGAUCAGAUCUUGGUGUGCAGAUUAUGGACGGAAAAUUGUCGAGAUUCAGUACGACCGGCGGUGAAGAUCAAGAUCUCGUGUACAGAUUAUGAAAGGAAAAUUGUCGAGGUCCGCUGCGACCGGUCCCGAGCUCUGGUACCUCGUGUGUCUGGUGCAGUACGAUAAGAGCUCGUGAUCCCUCUUGGAGGGGCUCGUAAGUUGUUCCCUGUGCUUGUAGCAUCCACGCCCUUCAUUUUUUCGGACAUGAAAAGUUAGGAUGAAACCUUGAUCUUUUUUGUGCAGGAAGGUUUACAGAGACUCUGAAAUCUCAAGUUUAGCUUGCUUAA